AUGCCUACUUGUGCUGUUAUUAGUUGCAAAGCAAGGAGUGAAGUGUCGAGUGUAGCCAAAGGAGGAAUUUCUUUUCAUCGUUUUCCUAAAAAGCCAGAUAUACGGAAACAGUGGAUCGAAAUUACUGGUCGUAAAGACUGGAUUCCGACUAAAUCAAGUACCAUUUGUUCACAACACUUUAAUGAAGAUGACUUCGAGGUCAAAAAUUCUAAGAAGAGAUAUUUAAAAAACGGUGCAGUACCACAUGUACAAAUUAUGUAUAUUGUUAAUGAUACAAAAGAUUCUACUUUGUCACCACGAAAACGUACUCAGAAGAACAUAGGCAAUGAAAUAAUAAACAAACGUGCUAAAGUUCGGGAAAUUGUAAAUCCAAUACUGACAACUUUUUCAACGGUAACGGUAAUGGAAGAGAGUGCUAGUCAAACAAUAAGGGAUGUAGAUCCAGUACCGUUAAACUUCAACAGUAUUAAUGGAAGAGAGUGUUAA